UCAUUUCUAAUAAGCAUAUCUGGCAACCCCGAGGAAAAAUACCUCAAACAAAUCUUAAUAGCAGGUCCGCGCGCCUGCCAAAACAACCUCCAUUCAUGAAUACCGAGGUGACCGUGUUGUAUUUUGCAAAAAGUGCCGAAUUAACGGGAGUGAAAUCGGAGAUAAUCAGAGUGAACUCGGAGCUAACGAGCCUUCAGCUGUGGCAGGAACUGGAGCACAAACACCCAAAACUCUCGGCCGUGCGUGAGCAGGUGGUUUUGGCCGUGAGGAGAGAGUACGUGUCUGUGGGCGAGCAGGUUGUGCGUCUGCGGCACGGAGACGAGGUGGCCGUGAUCCCGCCGCUCAGCGGAGGCUAAACGCACGUCACAG